AUGGUUUAUAGUAAAAAGCUUAGUGGAGCAGAAAACCGAAAACGCUCUCAUGCAAAAAGUGAAGCUCAAGCCAAAAUUAUUUCAAAAACUGCUAAAUUACAAACCUAUUUUAGGUGCCCAGAUAGACAGCCUAACCAAAUUGAAAAUGAAGUAAAUAAUACAAGCAAAAAUGAUCAUAGCUGUACUGUUAAGGAAUAUAAUCUAUCUAAUCCAGACUAUCAAAUUUUAUCAAAUAAGAGCAGUACCGAAACUAGUAAAACUCAAUUGUCUACAGAAUCUAAAGAAAUAAAUAAUACACCAACACCAUGUUUGUCCAUAAAUGACCCUGUCAAUUGGAUGAAAAAUCAAGAAACGAUAGAUUAUUUAUCAAUAAAUGGAUUUAAUCAAAAUUUGGAGAACAAUAAUUUCCAUAAAUCAAAAAGAACUUUUAAUCGAAUAAUUGGUGGUGUUAGACAUACUCGUUUUCGAUAUUUGUCAAAAAGUUUCUUUGUAUCUACUCUUGUUAAUGGUGAAAAAAUUAACCGAACCUUUUUGGUUUACUCAGAAAGUAAAGGAUCAAUAUUUUGUGCACCCUGCUACUUAUUUGGUGGUACUACAUCGUUUGCCACAGUUGGCUUUUCAGAUUGGAAAAAAGGAGAAGAAAAAAUUAAGCGUCAUGAAAAUUCAAAAAACCACAAACUGUGUGUAAUUAAAAUGAAAGAAAGAGGAGAAGUAUUAAAUCGAAUCGAUCAAAAGCUGAUGUAUCAAGUAGAAACGGAAAUAAGUUAUUGGAAAAAUGUAUUGACUAGAGUUGUAGCUGUUGUUAAAUCACUUUCUUCUCGUGGACUGUCCUUUAGAGGUGAUGAUGACUAUUUUGGAUCAGUUCAUAAUGGGAACUUCAUGAUGAGCUUAGAGCUUAUUGCUCAAUUCGAUCCUUUUUUAGCACAGCAUAUUGAAAAGUUUGGCAAUAAAGGAAAAGGUUCAACAUCAUACCUAUCUUGUAAUAUAUAUGAGCAGUUCAUGAGUAUAAUGGCAGAUAAUGUUUUACAACAAAUGGUAAAAGAAAUAAAGGAAGCUAAAUAUUUUUCCAUCAGUAUUGAUUCUACUCCUGACAUUAGCCAUGUAGAUCAACUAUCAUUUAUUUUUCGGUAUGUUCAAAAUAAUGGCAGUCCGGUAGAAAGAUUUUUAGGGUUUUUACCCAAUUCUGGUCAUAAAUCUGAAGAAUUAGCAGAUGCUGUAUUUUUAGUUUUAGAAUCGCAUGGAUUAGAUAUAAACAACUGCCGUGGUCAAAGUUACGACAAUGCGUCUAACAUGUGUGGUAUGUAUACAGGACUUCAAGCUCGCAUUAAAGAAGUUAAUCCUUUAGCUACAUUUGUACCAUGCUCGGCACACAGUUUAAAUCUUGUUGGUGAAUGCGCUGUAGACUGUUGUAGAAAUGCUUCUGAAUUUUUUAAUCUGCUUCAAAAUAUUUAUAAAUUUUUCAGUUCUUUUACACAUAGAUGGGAAAAACUUCAGACCAAUUUAACUAAAAGAGAAAAUGUAUCACUUAAAAAACUAUCAGAUACCAGGUGGUCAGCAAGAUCUGAUGCAAAAAAAUCAAUCACAAGAUCAGAAGCUAAUGGACUAUGUUUAAAAUUAGACUGUCUUGAAACAGCUAUUAUGGCCACAUUAUGGGGUGAUAUACUAGAAAGAUUCAACAAAACUAGUAAACAAUUGCAAUCAGUUGAGAUUGAUUUAGAAACAGUGUUUAUACAAUUUAGAAGCUAUUUAAUGAGCUUAACUGAAAACAUAAGACCUAAAACUGUAAUGGAUGUUUGUAAAAUGAUCAGAACUGAAAAACUUCAAGAACUGUUUCCUUACGUAGAUAUAGCAUUAAGGAUGUAUUUAUGCUGUCCAACAUCCAAUUGUUCAGCCGAGAGAUCAUUUUCAGCAUUAAAGAGGGUUAAAUCUUAUUUGAGGUCGAGAAUGACUGAUGAUCGUCUUAAUAGAAAUGGGUUUUCACUCUCCGAGGCGUUAGAUAUUCUUUUAAAUGAAGAUAUAGAGGGAGAUAUUUUUAUUGAACCUCCUUAUCCUCAUGUUGAGUCAGAUGGAGAUUCCGCAGAUGAGGAUGGGAGUGGGUAA